AUGAUACCAUCUCCGUAUUUUUGUCAACAACAACAACAAAAUCAUAACAAAAACCAAAUAUCUACACCAUCAUCAUCAGAUGAUAGAACAGAUGAUGAAUCUAAUAAUAAUUCAUUUUAUCAUAAUCCAUAUCAUUCGAGUGGACAAAUGAAUUAUGUUGAUGUUCCACAACAACAAUAUACUAAUGAACAUACAUAUCCAACAUAUGUUGCACAACAACAAACAUCCGAUAUAACCAAUCAAUCAAUUGAUGAUCAAAUUCAUGCUAAAUUACUAUUAUUACAACAACGUGGAAAUCAAUUUCAACCUCAUUUACAUACACCAUUUCAUUAUACCUGUCGACCUCGAACAUUAUCAACACAUAGUUCAUCAUUAAUUCCAAACACAGAUAGAGAGAUAACUAAUACAAAUGAAGAAAAAUUCGAAGAAAAAGAUAACGAUGAUGGUAAUGAUGGUGAUGAUGACAAUUGUAGUAUACCUACUUAUUAUUCUGGUCAAUAUUCAAAUUUCGAUGAACAUUUUGAUUUUGCAUCUGUUGUUCUAUGGUAUCGAAAUGUGAUGCGAUCUGUCAAAAAAAUUAUGUGA